AUGGAUUGGGAGAAGUUGGCGGCCAUGGCCAAAGACUUAGGGAUGGAUAAGGAGGAGACGACGAGGUUUUUUGAGGUCGCUCAGAAGGAGCAUGACAAGCAGCUCGCACUGCAAGAACGGGCACGCGAAGCGGAGUACGAGCGUGCGCGUGAAGAACACGAGCGCGAAAAGGAACGUGCGCGUGAAGAACACGAGCGCGAAAAGGAACGUGCGCGUGAAGAACACGAGCGCGAAAAGGAACGCGCGCGUGAAGAGCACGAGCGCGAAAGGGAACGUGCGCGCGAACAGCACGAGCGCGAGAAGGAGAUCCUCGAGCUUAAGCUGAAGCUAGCCGAGGUGAACGCUUGUCCGCGUGGCGACCCUAGUAACGCGAGUACCCCCACGUGCAGCAAGAACUUAGCAGUAUUUUUGAAAGAGAGGAAGCUAAGCACAGUAGAGGAGAUGGCAAAGCAAGCGGACCAGUUCGUAGAGGCUCAGGGUCUAAGGAACUUAGAAAAAGGCGACAGAGACGAUCACAAGGAAGAAGAGAGCAACAGUGAGGCCCCAAGGGAGUUUUCUAGCGAGGACAGGGAUGAGCUCUGA